AUGUCGGUCACGUUCGAGCAGAUAAUACUCGACGCGAAACGGAUCGCGAAUCGAUUGAAGGACCGCGAGGCGCUCGGGGAUGCGCUGCUGCUUGAAUCGGAAUCGGUCAACAAGCACAUCGAAUCGAUGCGCCAGUUCCAGGACGAUAUCGACAUACUGAACAAGCUGGCACGCGAUCGCUCCAAUAACCAGCUGAUCACGAUCAUCCACCAGGAGAACCCACAGAUCCGCGAAAUCCAGCAGGAAAACCGUCUGCUGAAGGCGGCCCUCGAGGACCACCAGCAUGCGCUCGAGCACAUCAUGUCGAAGUACCGGGAGCACACGCAAGCGAAGAUCCUCAACACAAAGGUGAACUUUGUGGAGGCGUUCACGCGCCACCACCGUUCGGCCGACAUCGAGCGGCGUGACGAGAUGAUCCGGCAGCAAACAGCCAAGAUCCAGGAGAUGGCCGCCGUCAUGCAGCGCGUAUCACAGCUGGACGAGGAAAAGCUCAACCAGGAACAAGAGAUUCUGAGCAAGCUAAUGACGGAGAACAAGGGCCUUCGGGAGCUGCUGGAAAUUUCGCGCAAGUACGGCUCCGGCGGCCAGAAGAUAAUGGUCGACGAUAAAUCGACACAAACCGAUAGCUACCUGCUAGACGGGUUGAUCGAGGCGGCCGUAACCGCCCGGGCGAACCUGUCGAAGGUGGCUACGACGUCGACGGCGGUAGGCACAACCUCCCCUAACCUGUUACAGUCACCGACACCAUCGGGGCAAGCGGCCGGAGCGGUAUCUGCAAAAAAGUCACCCAUUAAUGUGUCACCAACGGCCAGUGAAAGCACUGCUAGCGUUUCCGGCAAGAACCCGACGGUCAGCCCGUCUGCAGUCAGCAAUGGACCUACGACCUCCCCAGCGGCCUCACCGUCAUCGGUGUCGACAGACUCCGUCUCAACGGCAAUGGCGACGGCGACGGCAGUAACAACCGCCACGACCGCUUCGUGACGUGAUUCGGGCGAAAGCCAGGUAUCGGUAUUGUUCUGCUGCCAGUCGGCCUUGCUGUAGACGACGAGCGUCUGAACUGGGAAACGAACUUCCAAAAAAGCUAGCGCGCGAAUAACGAAAUGAAGAUUCAAAAACAAUAUCAUCAUAUUGCAACAAACACUAAAAAUUCGGUCCCAUCGACCCAAAGGGACCGGAUAUUCCCGUUCGAUCAGCACCUACACGCACGCGAUCUAAAACGCAUUUCAUUUUGUUUGUGGUUUUUCUCAUUUUUUGUUUUUUUAAUGUAAUUGCAGUCUCUCUUGCUCACCUGCACGACAGAAAGGCGGGGAAAAAUAUAGCAUCGAAACUAUGAUCCAACAAAAGAUCACUGCACCGUAAACUAAUGUUUGAUAAUUACAUGAUUUUAGAACAAUUGUACCAACCGUCGGGGUUGGCGCCUGCGAAAAUCUAACUGUCGAGCGUUUUCCAAAAAAACACGUAACUAACGUUAACCGUACUGCAACGAGGCAUCGGCAUUGUCGAGAUGAUCAGUGAGAAGAGUAGCUGUUAUCUUAGGGAACCUUUUUGAAUGUUUGUGGAUGCGCGUGAUGGUGUUUUAGUUGAUAAACAUUGUUUUGUUCAUAAAUAUUUCCAUUGAUAGAAUAUCCCUGUCCACCUUUGUUACAAUGAUUAAAAAGCUCAAAUUUGAUUAAAAACACCACCCGCAGAGUAAUGCUGCAGAAAGAAGCAAACGUACGUCGCAUAACCGAUCAUUUGUGUACGUGCUUCUAAUUUGAACUAGCGAAAUCCAAGAGCAAAAAAAACGGAAAUCCACAAGUUUACGAUCUGUCGAAAAGGCGGCGAGUGAAUGGUUACAAAAAGUCGUUAAUGUUUUACGUUAUAACCCGCUCCCCCUCCCACAACUAGCCGUUAGUCAGGUUUCGUUUUCGUUUUCUUGUAUUUUCAAUACGCGUCAGUUCUACACCAAGUCCUGUUUUACUCGUUUCUUAUUAAGUGCUGCAUUUGAGUGCGUCUCACUUUCGUCAAUCAUCGUUUAAAGAAAACGCGAAGCGCACACGACCGCGUGCUGAGAGGCGAUUCAUGAUGGAUCAGUUUAAUAAAUAGAACUAAAUAUUAACACAC